AUGGCCGCUCUGGAGCCUCUCAAGUCGGCCCUGGCCAUCGUCACGGCCGACGACACCUCGCUGGCUCUGCCCGCGCACCAGCACCAGUACGGGGCUGGCCAGCAGCGCGUCCUGGAGCAGGUCCAGAGCGUGCAGAGGACCAGGUCUAGGCACUCCAGCAGCAGGAGCGGAUCCACCUCUUUGUCUCCUAAAAGCCCUUUGACUGACAUGUUUCACGAGUCCAGCACCGCUAAUGGGAAUGUCUUUUUUGAGAAUAGCUACUCAAAAACUGAGAAGAACUCGACCCGCCAAGUCCUGAAGAGCACGUCCAGCGUCAGCGCCAUAAAAAAGGGCUCCUUGGCACAAGCCUACGACUACAGCCAGGGCCAUGUGGGAACCAUAGCCCAGGGCCAUGUGGGAACCAUAGCCCAGGGCCAUGUGGGAACCAUAGCCCUGGGCCGGGUCGCCGCCAACCACGACGAGCCUGACGCCGCCGUAGCCAAACGGCAGAAGUCUCCGCAAAGACUACUCUCCAAGCGCAGCACCUACCGGGCGGAGAGGACGGCCAGCCAACUGUUCCAAGACAACAACCUGCCGUGCAGACCAGUCGAGGUCAGCAGAACCAAGUCCAAGCCUCCCGUUCUAGAGAGUGUGGCCAGGAGCAAAGGGGAUUCUGGGUCACAUGACAACAGUGGUGUGUCAGAGCUCACCUUGAAGGAGGCGGUGGAGUUUCUGUCCAGUGAAGAAGACAAGUUGAAACACUGCGGUGCUGCUUUCAUCCAACAUAACACCUUCAUUGAUGACAAGGCCAAGGACCAGGUGCUGAAGCUGAAGGGCAUCCCUCCCCUGGUGGCGCUCCUACAGAAUCCCAGUCUGCGCAUCAACCAGGCGGCCUCUGCCGCCCUGAGAAACCUCUCCUUUAAGAACAGCAGCAACAAGGAGGAGAUCCAGUACUGUGGAGGCAUCGCUGCUUCUGUGGCUCUGCUCCGAGAGACUGACUCUGUGGAGAUCCAGAAGCAGCUGACAGGUCUUCUGUGGAACAUGUCGUCUGCCGACGGUCUGAAGACAGACCUGCUGAAGAGCACCCUGCCAGUCCUGAUGGACCGUGUCAUCCUGCCUUACACCAGCAGUCCCAGGAGAGACGCCUUCAACGGUCCUGACCAGGAGACCUUCUUCCAUGCCACCAGCUGUCUGAGGAACCUGAGCAGCGCCAAGCAGAGCAACCGUCAGACCAUGAGGAAAUGUCGCGGUCUGAUCGACUCCCUGGUGGCGUACCUCAGGGACUGCGUGCAGGCCGGCACACCUGAAGACAAGUCCGUAGAGAACUGCGUGUGCAUCCUGCACAACCUCACCUUCCAGCUGGAGGCGGAGUCACCGGCCUUGUUCAACCGCAUCACGGCGUUGGCCCACCCCGAGGGCCAGAGUGACCCUGAGGCCGAGGCGGGGCCCAUCGGCUGCUUCAGUCCACAGAGGCCAGGGGCCAACAGCAAGCACUCCUUUGACUUCCCCGUGGUGGAGGACUCCAACCCCAGCGGCGCCGGCUGGCUCCUGCACUCCCAGACCUUGCAGACCUACUUGGCCCUGCUGGGCUCCAGCCAGCAGGGGGAGACUCAGGAGGCCUGCUGUGGGGCCCUGCAGAACCUGACGGCCCAGGAAGGCAUUGUGUCUGACGCCAUGAGCCAGAACAUCGUGCAGAAGCUGGAAGGCCUGCAGGCCAUCAGCCCUCUUCUGAAGUCCAACAAAGUCAGCGUGCAGAGGAACGCCGUGGCCUUGGUACGCAACCUGUCCAAGAACACUAACCUGCACGGCACCUUAGCUCGGAAAGUGCUGCCCGAGCUGCUGAGCAUCCUGCAGGCGGGCACGGGUGCGGGGAACGAGUCGGACGACACGCUGGCCAUGGCGUGCCAGACCGCCAACUUCCUGCUGGCCAAGGAACCAGAGAAAGGCAAGCACCUGGUGAACGCUCAGCUGAUCACGGCUCUGCAGGACCUCAGCCAGAACAAACACUUCCCCAAGUCCAGCAAGGCAGCAUCACUGUUUCUCUACCAGCUGUGGUCCUACAAAGACAUCCAGAGCCUCCUGAAAAAGCAAGGCAUGAGCAAGAGCAGCUUUGUCAACCAGGCCACCUCCGCCGUGCACAAGGCAGCCUCCAACCUGGACUAGGAUGCUUCUUCCAUCUCCUUGUCAUCACUACUUCAAAGGAUGUUCUAUCUACUCCCUUUCACUUACAAAUAA